CACACGAAUAUUUGAAGAAUUGGCAGACGCGGAAGUGUAGCCACUUUCUACAAAUCAGUGUGGUGCUUAGAACAGAUCCGCCGGGUACCAAUGGCUUUUAGAUUUUUUGAGGAGAGUGCCCAUGUUGCCGCUUACCUGCAAUACAGAGUGACCCCCCAUGAGUUGAUCAACAAGAUCAUAGACUUUAUGGGACCAAAGUUGCAAAACAAGUUCAACCUUGCAGUAGAUGUCGGCUGUGGUAACGGAAAGGGGACAGUACUUUUGGCUCCGUACUUCAACCAGGUUGUUGGGACAGACGUUAGCCCCGCUCAACUGGGGCUUGCUCGGGCCAAUAGUAUUCGUCAGAAUGUCUCAUACAGGCUCCAAAAUUGCAAAACCUUAAGGCGGAGCUCUUGCAAUGGGUCUGGAUGCACUUCAUCAAGUAU